AUGUCCGUCCUGCCCAGUGUCGCCCGUAGUGCAGGCCACUCUCCUGCUCUGCGCAUUAUCGUCGUUCGUUCAUUCGCCACCGAAUCCAUACCCUCCUCCUCCUCCCAAUCAUCCUCCUCCAGUCCCUCAAGUACCUCCGGAAGCGACCUUCCCCCUCUCCCACUGUCGAAGCAAAAGUCAGCAAAGCCCCGGUUAUACCCUCAUCCCCGACCAGCCGUCUCCCACCGCCAUGCCCCGAGCCUGAAUCCGCUCUUGCCCAAGCUACCGCCAACGUUUGGUCGCAACCAGCUCCUCCCCGUCACGGACUCGACGAGGGCCCUGCUAGAGAGCAUCGUGGGAGGGUUUGAGGCGCCGAUUAGAUAUGCGUUUGCGUAUGGGUCAGGGGUGUUUGAGCAGGAUGGGUAUGCACUGUCAUCGUCGAAGGCUCCGUCAGCAUCGGGGUCAGUAGGGCCGUCGACGAGUGUGGUACCGAGCAGAAGAGCAGACGCCCCGAUGCUCGACUUCAUGUUCGCAGUGACGCACCCGGCGCACUGGCACUCGAUCAAUAUGCAGCAGCACCCAAGCCACUACCCGCUCCAUGCCCGCGCGCUGGGCUCGUCGUAUGUCUCACGCGUUCAGGAGCUUGGCCCUGGGGUCUGGUUUAACGCAUACGUCCCGAUGAAGGAUGUGACGAUCAAGUACGGCGUUACGACGAUCGACAACCUCUGCUCGGACCUGCUCAACUGGCGGACGCUCUACCUCGCAGGCCGGAUGCACAAACCCCUCCGAAUCAUCAAAGACGACGCUCGCGUUCGACUGACGCAACAAGUCAACCUAACCUCGGCCGUGCGUGCUGCCCUGCUCACCCUACCCGCCUCCUUUCCCCAGGAAGAUCUUUUCGCCCGGAUCGCGUCCAUUUCCUACGCCGGCGACCCGCGCAUGCUCCUCCCCGCGGAGAACCGUGGUAAGGUGGGCAACAUCGUGAGGAAGCAGGGACCGCAGUUCAAGGAGCUGUACCAUCGGCUGGUGGUCGGGUUGCCAGGGGUGCAUUGGCCUAUAGAGCGGGAGGUUAUUGAACAGGAUACGAGUCCGAGAGCGAGGGCGGCGCUAUUGAGGAAGCUCCCGGAUGGGCUGGUGCAGAGGGUGAAGGCGAACUUUCGGCAGAGGGGCGUAGAGGCCGAGUUGGAGAAGGACGAAGGGGUAUAUUGGGCGAGGCUUGCGGGCGAUGAGGAAGUGCUAAGGAGGGUAUUGAACGAGGAGAUGGCCAAUAUCGUGCGGUACCCAGCGACUAUACAGACCCUCAAAGGCAUCGUCAGCGCCGGUGUCGGCAAGAGCAUACGCUACUCCUCGGCCAAGAUCGGCAAGUGGUGGUCAGGGUCAUGA